ACACUUAUCUUCUUCAAUUCAUUCUUUAUAUAUAAAAACUUCCCUCCCCCCUCUUCCCACCACCACCACCACCACCACCACCAAAGAUGAAAGUCUUUGUUGUGCUCUUCCUCCUCCUCCUCCUCCUCCAAUUCUCAACCCUGCACGUACUCUCGUGCUCGCCUACCACAAAAUUUCAUAGCAAAAGUAUCGAUUACAUAAAAAAAUCAUGUGCUGCAACUAUCUAUAGAAGGCUUUGCUACAGGUCCCUCUCAAUCUACGCUUCAAAAAUUGAUGCCAACCCCAAAUUAUUAGUCCGUACCGCUCUCAAUGUUACUCUUAAAGCAACCAAAUCUACAUCAAGAUUGAUGAAGAAGCUGUCAAGAAUCCAUGGGUUGAAGCCCAGAGUAGCUGCUGCCAUGGCGGAUUGUUUGGAAGAGAUGGCCGAUUCUGUUUUUGAGAUUCGAAAUUCAUUGGCAGAAAUCGAUCAUAUCAUCAGAGACGACCCAGAUUUCGCGCUUGCGAUUAGCGAUAUUCAAACCUGGGUGAGCGCUGCCUUGACUGAUGAGGAUACUUGCAUGGAUGGUUUUGAAGGGAAGGCCAUGAAUGGAUAUGUUAAGACCAGGGUUCGAAGACAUAUUAUUAAGGUUGCUCAUUAUACAAGUAAUGCUUUGGCUCUCAUCAACAGAUUUGCCUCCACGCAGGAAAACCCAUCUUGAUUUUCUGUUUGAUUCUUGAGAAAACAAAAUCUUGGUGCGGAUUGUCUUGUGUAAGAAUCCAGUAUUUCUUUCCUCUCUCCCACUAGAAGCCUAAUUAUAUAGACUGUCAUAGUUACUUGUUUGAUUUGCUUUACAAUAGAAUAUGGGGCAAUCUAAAUUGCUAGGAUACGGUAAAAUGGUUGCUGAAUUAUGUGAAUUUUGAGUAGCUGCAAAUCUUCUGAAUAUAAAUUAAUGUAAAUUAGGUGAGGUGUUAAUUAGAAAUA